AUGUCUACAGGCGGAGGAGCCCCACACCGGUCGUUCGAGGAGAGAGCUCAAGCUAGAGAGCAAAUGUUGUCGAGCCUCCGAGAGUCUUCGCAACAAGACCGUCGGGUCUACGUUGGCAACCUUAGUUAUGACGUCAAAUGGCAUCAUCUCAAAGACUUUAUGAGAUCUGAAUAUGCCACGAGGGAGCAAGCUCAACAGGCCGUCAACACGCUCAGCAACCAAAACCUCAUGGGAAGACUCGUUUAUGUCCGUGAGGAUCGUGAGGCAGAACCCCGAUUUACUGGCCCACCGGCUGGUGGCCGAGGUGGUUACGAAGGUGGUGCCGGACGUGGCGGUUUCGCUGGUGGAUUCGGAGGUGGCAUGGGUGCCGGCGGUGGUGCUGGAGGAGGCCGCCAAAUCUAUGUCUCCAACCUUCCCUACACUGUAGGAUGGCAGGAUCUGAAGGAUCUGUUCCGCCAAGCAGCCCGCAACGGUGCCGUCAUUCGUGCUGAUGUUCACGUCGGACCCGAUGGUCGUCCCAAAGGCUCUGGAAUUGUUGCCUUCGAAUCUCCUGACGAUGCUCGUAAUGCCAUCCAGCAAUUCAAUGGCUACGACUGGCAAGGCCGCCCUCUCGAGGUACGUGAAGAUCGCUUCGCUGGCUCUGGACCCGGAUUCGGUCGAGGUGGUUUCGGCGCUCGUGGAGGAUUUGGCGGAGGUUUCGGUGCUCGAGGCGGUGGAUUCGGCCGUGGUGGAUUCGGUGGUGGUUUUGGAGGUCGUGGUGGAUUCGGAGGCAGCUAUGGUGGCGCGGGUGGUUACGAUGGUGGAGCUGGCGCUGUCUCUGCUGCUCCCAACCCCUUUACCGACUAUGCCACUGCUGGUACUGAGAGAAGCGAGACCAUCUACGUCCGCAACCUUCCUUGGUCCACAAGCAACGAGGAUCUCGUCGAGCUCUUCACCACCAUCGGAAAGGUUGAGCAAGCCGAAAUUCAGUACGAGCCAAAUGGCAGAUCUCGAGGCACUGGCGUUGUUCGCUUCGACACUGCUGAGAAUGCGGAGACUGCUAUCGAGAAAUUCUCUGGUUACCAGUAUGGAGGUCGCCCACUCGGUCUGAGCUUCGUCAAGUAUCAAACUCCAGGCGGUGGCGGCGAUGCUAUGGAAACCGAGGCCACGAACUUGACCCAGGACCAGAUCAUGUAG